AUGGCGACGACGGAUAAACAGAAACAUGAAGGAAGAGUGAAAAUCGGACAUUAUAUUCUUGGAGACACACUUGGAGUGGGGACGUUCGGGAAAGUUAAAGGUACGUGUUAUGACUUUUCUUAUCGAGUUGCCGCCGGCAGUUAAAUGCGAGAGAGGAUGGGGAUGUUUCUCUCUUAGCUAGCCGUGUGCUAACACUUGUUGGCCUCUAACGUAAUUUAGCUAGCUUGCUUUGCUAGGCUUGUUGGCUAACGCCGUUAGCUCAGUCAGGCUCUAGAAUCAAACAGCUAAGUUAGCUUACUAGGCGGUCUACCUUUGAUCGAUCAAACGAUAGUGCUGUCAUGUGUUCAAGCUAGUUAGCUUGCUAGCCAGCUAGUUAUGUGGUCGAAUGACUCAGAGCUUUAUGUAACCAAGUUUACAUACUUGCUGGCUAACAGUAGUUGGCAAACUAGAAUAAUCUUAACUCAAAUUGCUAGCCAAGGCAAUACCACAUUAAUGGUUUCUCAACCAGGAAACCUGUUUCUUCAGUUAACAAACGUGAGCUGCCCAGUUAUAAAGUGACCAGCUAGCCGUGAUAGCCCCAUGCCAUACACACAUACAUACUGAACUAUCUUGGGCCUGGCUGAAUUAUUAAUGAGGACACACUUCCCAGUUGUGUUCACACAUGAGUUAUUGUCCCUGGAUUGCUUUCAAUCUACACUGUCAAAAUACUAUAACUUUUCUAAUGGCAUAUCACCUAAAAUUAUGAUAUCCAAGCUUUUAGUAGAGGACCAAACUGACUUGUAUAGCCUAGUUUUUAGGCCUUAAUGUUAGGCCUGUUUCAAACUAGAAAAUGUACAUUUCCUUGGUUUGAACAAAACUCCAUAUCAAGCCACCAGCUAGACUAUAUAGCUGUUAUCUUUCCUACUUCCUCCCAGUGGUCAGAAUAGAACAUGCUGGACAUUGGGCCAUUGUUCUAGAUGACUGGCUGCAGGGUUAAUACUUUACUAACAUAACAGUUAAAUCAAUAGCCCCCCCCCCCCCCCUUCCCUCACUCGUUGUCAUCCCCCCUCCCCUCCUUCCUCUCUUGUACUGUUAAGUACAUUUUCACCUGUUGUUCUUCUGACCAGUUUUUAGUUAGGCCUAUAUCUGCUUAGUUUUUGCAUUGAGCCACUGUAGCGUAUGGUAUACACAGUACAUAUAUAAGCUGAUGUAGGCCUAUAAGCCAUGUAGAAUGAUACGUUUCCUUCUGCUGUUAACCCCAAUUAGUUUAUUUGCAGAGUUGCAUAAACUUUGGUUCCAAACAACACAUUGCAGAUGUAGGCCUGUCAAUCAUGAUGCGUCCUGUCUGCACAGAACUGCCAGGACCUAGGAUCAAUGGAGACACUCAAGUUUAAUCCUGUAUCUCUUGACACAUUCACAAAAAUAGUCAUGGCCUCUAAACCUUCCAGCUGCCUACAGGACCCUAUUCCAACUCAACUACUGAAAGAGCUACCUCCUGUCCUCCGGAUGGGUACCAAACUCACUAAAAGUGGCAGUAAUAAAGUCUCUCCUGUAAAAGCAAAACCUUGACCCCUAUAUCGAAUCUCCCAUUCCUCACCAAGAUUUGGGAAAAAGCUGUUGUGCAGCAACUCACUGCCUUCCUGAAGACAAAUAAUGUAUACAAAAUGCUCCAGUCUGGUUUUAGACCCCAUCAUAGGACUGAGACUGCACUUGUGAAGCCUCCUGUAGCUCAGUUGGUAGAGCAUGGCGCCAGGAUUGUGAGUUCGAUUCCCACGGGGGGCCAGUAUGAAAAAUUUAUGCACUCACUAACUGUAAGUCGCUCUGGAUAAGAGCGUCUGCUAAAUGACUAAAAUGUAAAUGUAAUUAUGAAUUGAUUUGAUUCAAUGGUGAAAUGCCAUGCUAGCUUUCUUUCACUGCAAAUGGGCACUAACUACAGUCAUCCAAUGCAGAUUUGCAUGUGUCAGCUGGGGUCUGCUAAGCUCUUUGUUAUAACUGGUUUCUUAUUACAGUACUUCCUAACCUCUCCUCAUCCCUGCUGCCCUCUCUUUUGCUCUCUCUCCUCUCCUGUAGUGGGGCAGCAUGAGCUGACCAAACACCAGGUGGCUGUGAAAAUCCUUAACAGACAGAAGAUCCGCAGUCUGGAUGUGGUGGGGAAGAUCCGUAGAGAGAUCCAAAACCUCAAGCUCUUCAGGCAUCCCCACAUAAUUAAGCUGUAAGUCUAGAACCUCAGGUGCUUCCGGCAUCCCCACAUCAUUAAGCUCUAAGGCUGUGUUCACACAGGCUACCUCUCAAUCUUAGACUUUAUAUAGAAAUGUGCCCCCUUUUUCUUGCUGUGGUAAAGCUGAAAUAUAGUUAAGUGGGUUUGUCAUCACUCUGAGAAGUUUGGUGAUCUUUGACUGUUUUCUCUGGUGUUUAUGAGUACUGCCCAGAGGUUUUUCCUGGUCAGGUGGGUGGCAUAGUCAGGGAAAUCUCUUGGUCCAAUCAUGGCUAGUCAAUUUUUUUUGGUGACUCUCCUAUGGGGCCAUAGGUACCAGGUGAUCAGCACCCCAACAGACAUCUUCAUGGUGAUGGAGUACGUGUCCGGAGGAGAGCUCUUCGACUACAUCUGCAAAAACGGAAAGGUAAGACCACCCUCUGAGGAAAAAAACCUUUAUUUCCUCUAGUGUAUGCUGGUUUUGGGAAAAUUAUAGACCUGGUUUUUGUUCAACAACAAAACAGAAAUUAGGUGGUAUUCUAAGCCUGUCUGUUAAAAGACACUGUAUGUGGUUUGGGAUUGUGGGUAGUCUUGUGCUCACCUGAAUCUUAUUCACUUAGCUCAGGGGUUUUCAACCUUUUCUUGCCCAGGGACCCCCUCCCAGGCAAACCGGUGACCCAGGGAACCCCGUCAUACGUUAGCAAAACAUUUAUUUUACAUGUCUUAUCAUCAGGUUAAUGAUAAUGGCAAGGAGAAGUAAGGAACAUUUUUAAAAUGAAUAGAUUUGGUAGAUAAUUCUUUCAUUAUUUUGACCUCCCCACAUUAUAAUUGAAAGGGGAAGUGUAAACUCUAACAUAGCCUAUUAGCUAGAAAGGUAACUCCAAACACAUUUUCGCUAAGAGCAGCUGUUUAGCUGGUUAAACAAAGGUUAGCCAUGUGUUGUCAAAAAUGUAUGUCCAAGUCAAGAGUUUACCAGCAGCCAACGGCACUUGUCGCAAUGGUAGCCUAUUCGUGGGUGCUUUUGCAAAGCCUAUGUCAGAUAAUCUAGUGAGUGUAAUUUGCUGAAUAUUGGGAGUUGAGAAAUAAAGUUGAAAACAUUUAGAAAGAAGAUAUUCUGCUCUUUUCUAGUGUAGAUAGGUAUAUUCAAAAAUAAAUUAUUAUAUUGUUGCUAGCGAUAUUCAUAAAAACAUUUGAAUUAAAACAUGUUUUUAUUUACUUUAUUUUGAAUACCCCUGACUUAGCUUAUUACCUACACUACAUGGCCAAAAGUAUAUGGACACCUGCUCAUCGAACAUCUAAUUCCAAAAUCAUUGGCAUUAAUAUGGAGUUGGUCCCCCCUUUGCUGUUAUAACAGCCUCCACUCUUCUGGGAAGGCUUUCCACUAGAUGUUGGAACAUUGCUGCGGGGACUUGCUUCCAUUCAGCCACAAGAGCAUUAGUGAGUUAGUGGGGCAUUGUCCAAACUGUUGCCACAAAGUUGGAAGCACAGAAUCGUCUAGAAUGUCAUUGUAUGUUGUAGCAUUAAGAUUUCCCUUCACUGGAACUAAAGGGCCUAGCCCGAACCAUAAACAGCCCCAGACCAUUAUUCAUCCUCCACCAAACUUUACAGAGUGCAAUAUGCAUUCGGGCAGGUAGCGUUCUCCCGGCAUCCGCCAAACCCAGAUUUGUCCGUCGGACUGCCAGAUGGUGAAGCGUGAUUCAUCACUCCAGAGAACGCGUUUCCACUGCUCCAGAGUCCAAUGGCGUCGAGCUUUACACCACUCCAGCCGACACUUGGCAUUGCGCAUGGUGAUUUUAGGCUUAUGUGUGGCUGCUCGGCCAUGGAAACCCAUUCCAUGAAGCUCCCGACUAACAGUUUUUGUGCUGACGUUGCUUCCAGGGGCAGUUUGGAACUCGGUAGCGAGUGUUGCAGCACUCGGCGGUCCCGUUCUGUGAGCACUAGCAGGGCAGAAAUUUGACUUGUUGGAAAGGUGCCAUCCUAUGACAGUGCCACGUUGAAAGUCACUGAUCUCUUCAGUACGGGCCAUUCUACUGCCAAUGUUUGUUUAUGGAGAUUGCAUGGCUGUGUGCUCAAUUUUAUACACCUGUCAGCAAUGGGUGUUGCUGUAAUAUACCCAAAUCCACUAAUUUGAAGGGGUGUCGACAUACUUUUGGCAAUGUAGUGUAUCUGUUGUCAGGAGACUUGGGUAGUGUAAUGGUUAUGUCAAUAAUAGUCAUGUUAGAGCCUGCCUCUGUACACAAAACAGAAAUCACAAAGCUCUAUCUCUGCACUGCAUUCUUUCCAAUAGGUUUUUAAGGACAACUAAAUAAUUCAAGCAAAGACAUUGACCAAAUAUCCAGAGUGGUUACAAUACUGAAAUAGACACUGACUGGACAGUUAAAAUGAAAUUUCUCACCUCUCUUGCACGUGUUGCUGUGUCUGUGUUCCGUGUGUGUCUCGUGUGUGUUUGCCACUGUGCCUCCAGCUGGAUGAGAAGGAGAGCCGUCGUCUGUUCCAGCAGAUCAUCUCAGCAGUAGACUACUGCCACAGACACAUGGUGGUGCACAGAGACCUAAAACCUGAGAACGUCCUGCUGGACGCACAGAUGAACGCCAAGAUCGCUGACUUCGGUAAGUCUGUCACCCUUAACCUCACACCGAACCAGCAGCUUUCUACACCUAUACAUGAUUUACACUUUCAAAUCGAGCCUAACUGUACUAGGCUGGCAUGGUUACGCAUCCACUGUAGUUACUGGAACCCUAAUGGAAAGGUUGCGUCUGAAAUGAAACCCUAUCAUUCUAUUGGACACAAACGCUUAUGUGAUAUUGUCUGGUGUUUUCGGUAGGUUUGUCAAACAUGAUGUCGGACGGAGAGUUUCUGAGGACGAGCUGCGGUUCUCCGAACUAUGCUGCUCCUGAAGUCAUCUCUGGAAGGUACACUUGUCCUUUUCUUUUCUCACCAAAACCGUGGCAUACGUGAUGGGGAAUAUGCUAAUGUCUGCUAAAACUGCUCUUAGAUUUCAAUAAAGAGGACUGUUCAAUUUCACGGUUUUGCUUUGGUGUUCUUGAUAAGUGUCACUAAACAUUCACCAUGUUAAACGACUCCCUUGGUUCAUGUCAAUGAGCAUCUGUCUGUCUGUCCUCUCCCCUCCUCCCCAACCCCUACAUGUGUCUUUCCUAGGUUAUAUGCAGGUAGUAUUGUCCUUUGUGCAUCUGCCUGCUCUUUGGAGUCUAGACUGGGUUACUCUAAACUACUUUCCGGCAACUGUUGUUGUAAAGGAAUUCACAAAUAAAUGUGUUUGAUUGACCCUUGUCCUCCCAGGUUGUAUGCAGGUCCUGAGGUGGACAUCUGGAGCAGCGGGGUAAUCCUGUAUGCCCUGCUGUGUGGGACACUACCCUUCGAUGACGACCACGUGCCAACGCUCUUCAAGAAGAUCUGUGACGGGAUCUUCUUCACACCCCAAUACUUGAACCCGUCUGUCACCGCCCUGCUCAAACACAUGCUGCAGGUGGAUCCCAUGAAGAGAGCCACCAUCAAAGAGAUCCGGUAAGAAGGGGCAAGAGAUCAACUUUGUCUGCAAAGUGCAUUUAAACACGUGUGCUUUGCAGUAGAAUAAUAGACAAGAAAAUACAUACAUCAUUAAACUCCAACUGUAACUGUGUUAAGGUUUUACGCUAUAUUACCUAUCACAGGGAUGGCAAACUCCUGUCCUCUCUGUGCAGGCUUUUGAUCCAGCCCAGCACUAACAAAGUGAACCCACCCCUCAUGGUCUACAUGUUUUCUAGCUGACCUGUUAAGAGAACAAAUGUCCCUAAUAAUAAAGACUACCUUGAUCUUGACCAUGCUCUGUCUUUCCUCCCCACAGAGAGGAUGAAUGGUUCAAAGAGGAGCUCCCCAAGUACCUGUUCCCAGAGGACCCGUCUUACAGCAACAACAUGAUCGACGACGAGGCCCUGAAGGAGGUGUGUGAGAAGUUUGAGUGCACCGAGGAGGAGAUCCUGACCUGUCUGUACAGCCGCAACCACCACGACCCCCUGGCUGUGGCCUACCACCUCAUCAUCGACAACCGCCGCAUUAUGUCCGAGGCCAAGGACUUCUACCUGGCCUCCAGUCCCCCAGACUCAUUCCUGGACGACCAGCACCUGACCGCCUCUGCUGCGGCCGCCGCCGGCCUUAAGCCCCACCCCGAGCGCAUGCAGCCCUUCCUGGCGGGGGAGACCCCUCCCCGGCCGAGACACACGCUGGACGAGCUGAACCCCCAGAAGUUGAAACACCAGGGGGUGAGGCGGGCCAAGUGGCACCUGGGGAUCAGGAGCCAGAGCAGGCCAAAUGAUAUUAUGUCUGAGGUGUGCCGGGCCAUGAAGCAGCUCGACUACGAGUGGAAGGUGAGGGAGGGGAUAGAGGUAUCGAAGAACGGAGGGGAGGGAGAAUCGUGGGGAUGAGGAUGGAGGGAGGGAAAAAGGAGCAGAAGGAGAGGGAAAGGAGAGUCUGAAGGAGUGGGUAGAGGUCAGGUAGAAAUAGACAGAAAACCAUCAAAGGGCCCCUCAGAUUAGUCAAGAAGUGGACCAGAGGUUUAUUGGGAUUGGGCUAUAUAGUGAUUCCUCACGAAACCCAGACAGAAAAGACUAUGAUUUUGGGGAAUUUCACAGGAUUUUAUCCAUAGAAUAGUCUUUUGGAGGAAGGAUUGUUGACAUAUAUUAGACUUUUGUAUCUAAAAGCAUAAUUGAGAAAUAAUUAAUCAAAGUUGGCAUAUUUGAGAUUUUGACCUUACCCAGGCCUCCUUUAAGACUCCAUAGUGUUUCAUCUCUAGGUGCUACAAAGCAAAAAUUUGUCUCAUAUGAAGCUUUACUGCUUGCUCUAUAUGAGUAGUAUUUUGAUUUCAAUAACCUUUUUUACAUUAAUUUAUGAAUAUUGAAAAAUAAACAUGAAUAUUGAAGAAGAAAAAAAAAUAUAUAUAUACAUAUACAGUGGGGAGAACAAGUAUUUGAUACACUGCCGAUUUUGCAGGUUUUCCUACUUACAAAGCAUGUAGAGGUCUGUCAUUUUUAUCAUAGGUACACUUCAACUGUGAGAGACGGAAAAUCACAUUGUAUGACUUAAGUAAUUAAUUUGCAUUUUAUUGCAUGACAUAAGUAUUUGAUACAUCAGAAAAGCAGAACUUAAUAUUUGGUACAGAAACCUUUGUUUGCAAUUACAGAGAUCAUACGUUUCCUGUAGGUCUUGACCAGGUUUGCACACACUGCAGCAGGGAUUUUGGCCCACUCCUCCAUACAGACCUUCUCCAGAUCCUUCAGGUUUCGGGGCUGUCGCUGACUCACUUUUUAUUUAUUUAUUUUAUCUUGGGGAGACAUGAGAGAGGAAUCUCUGAAGGAAAUGUUCAGUUUCCUGUUUAUCCUUCUCUUGCCCUGAUAGAUAGAAAGCAGCUAUUUAUGGUUUAAUGUGUUUGGGUACACAGUAGUAGAACCUGCUGAGAUAUGGCAAGGCAAUUCAGAUACUCUCCCACAACAUAAACCACUGUUCUGCCUAGACUCUAGAACUGCUGAAAUGGUCAAAGUGCUCUCUGUAAUACACAAGUUAUACACAAAAGUUCUAAUUUUGAUGACAAAACAAACGGAACAUGUUCAAAACGUUGUAAAUCACUUAAAUACAGACCACCACUGAAGCGGCUACAGAAGCCAUAUUGAAAAUGUUUAUAUUUUAUACUGUAUAUUCCAUCUAUUGCGUAUUAUACCCAGCUCGUGAGAUAUAGUAUGUGUAACUAAUCUCCAUAUCCUCCUCCCCAGGUGGUGAACCCGUACUACCUGCGCGUGAAGAGGAAGAACCCAGUGACAGGCAUGCAGACCAAGAUGAGCCUUCAGCUCUACCAGGUGGACAGCAGGACCUACCUCCUGGACUUCCGUAGCAUAGACAGUACGUCAACCCGGACGUAGCCCUUUACACUCACAACCCAUAUAUACGGGUUGAAAAUGGCAGAUUUGGUCACUGAUAAGCACCUACAUUGGAACGCAGUGGCUGUACAGUAACAUGCUAUACAUGACAUUUGAGCUCAGGGUCUCCGCUUUACAGCGCCGUGUAGGAUUCAACUGACAUGUCUAUAAGUGGUUUUCUACCCUGCCGAUUAUGCCAUUAAUGGAAAAUGCCUAAAAAUAAGUGGCUUUCCCUGCUAAGUGCAAUGUAAAGUGACUAGUCAGACUUCAAAAAUUGUCAAUGUUUUUCUGAUCAACAGCUUACAGACAUGGCACAAGUCUGUCUUUAGGACCUUUGUGUGUUUGGUUGUAACCACAGAAGUAUGUUUGUGUAACAUGAUCUCUUUCUCUUCUCCGUCUCUCUCUCUCUUUGUCUGUAGAUGACAUGUUGGAGGCUAAAUCUGGGACUGCCACUCCUCACCGGUCUGGUUCAGUGGGGAACCACCGCACGUCCCUUAAGAACGACGCUACUGCAGAGGGGGGGUCCCAAACCGAGGGGGCUAAGGAGAACGCUACCCCUGCCACCUCCAUCCCUCCCACUAAGGCCUCAGAGAGCUCCCUGGCCUCCUCGCUCACCUCCUCCGUUGACUCGACAGGAGGCGACCUCGCACCUACGACGGCGGUUCCGCGGCCCGGCAGCCACACCAUAGAGUUCUUUGAGAUGUGCGCCAAUCUCAUCAAACUACUUGCACGAUAG